AUGGGCACCUUUCUUCCGUUCUACGAGACCACAAUCUCGUCCGCUGCGGCUGGCCGCGCGUUGGCUCUUGGAGAGUUGGUUGAGCAGAUAUUGUUACAUCUGCCCGAAGCGGAUCUAGUCCGAUGCCGUCGAGUGUGUACCACAUUCAGAGAUACUGUCCUAGGCUCAAAGACCAUACGGCACAAGUUGUUUCUCGAACAGGAUGAUGGCGCCACCCGGACACUCAACCCUCUGGCGCCAGCGUGGUUCAUUCAGCAAAGAAGCGGCUAUCGAGACAAUACCAUCGCAGCGCGCAUCGACAUCGUGGACCUCUGGGAGAGAUCGACAGCGGAAGUGAGGCCAUUGUACGAUCAGAUGCUUGUUGCGCAACCUCCCGCGACGCAGUGCGUGAUACCGAUCACGAACCAUAGCACGACGAUAUUCUUUCGCCGUUCUUAUCCAGAAGGCAUGACAUUCGGGGACCUUGAACGUGCAGUGAUUUCAGCUUUCGAAAUCAGGAAGGGCCGAAAAUCAAGUCGUGAGCGCCUACAGGAACUUUCCCAAGACAACUCCGUACUGAUCUACUGGAAAUGA